GUCAACUUAAGCGCUCGCGAAUUGCUAGAUAUUUGUAUUUUAAUAAAUGAAGAAUAAACUAAUGUACAUAAAAAAUAGUUAACAACAACUUGGUGUGAUAAAGAACACGAAGAUUAUUCUAUGGAUUUUAUACACUAAGUUGUAGUAAGUUGUAGAAAGAACUCGUGAGAAAAUACCACUUAGAACACAAUCUUAUCUCGCUCUCUUCAAUAUUACUUAAGAGUUUUAAUAGAGAAUAGAAAGAUCUCUUUAUGUUUUAAGUUUGAAUAAUAGCAAACCCAACUUAAGAUAAUAUGUUAGUUUGCGCCAACAUGUUAAAGCAGAAGGACGAGUAGAAAUUUAAACGGAAUACAAAUAAUUGAGAGCAAAUUAAGAUAAGAAAAGGCAGUACUACUUGAAUUAAGAGCAAUGGGAACUUUGUCACUGAGCGAUUUCGAAGCUGUGAAGAUUCCAGUACCCUGGGGUCACAUUUCUGGACGUUGGUACGGAAAUCGGAACGAGCGACCCAUCUUGGCGAUUCACGGAUGGCUGGACAACCUGGGAACCUUUGAUCGGCUGAUUCCCCUCCUACCUGACUAUCUAGGAGUACUCUGCAUCGAUCUGCCAGGACAUGGAAGAUCCUCGCACUUGCCACCGGGAACGUACUACAGUGUGUACGAGUACGUGUUCACAAUUCCACUGGUGAUGAAGGAGUACGGAUGGUCAAAGGUCUCUCUCAUUGGACACUCACUGGGCGGAGUCCUAUGCUUCAUUUACGCCUCCCUUGCUCCUCACACCGUCGAUAUGAUAGUCUCCCUGGACAUACUGCUUCCCUUGAGAACCGAAAUAGAUUACAUGGCCCUGAGUGUAGAGAAACAACUAGCGAAUGUUGAGCUACAGAAGCUGGGAAAUUAUAGUGAGCCGCCCUCCUACACCCCCACCCAGUUGGGAAAGGUGCUGGCCAGGGGAAGCUUUAAUUCCGUAUCCCCGGACCUGGCAAAGCACCUGCUCCACCGCCAGUUGGCCAAGUCAAAACUGUACCCCGAACGGUUCUACUUCUCGAGGGAUAUUCGAGUAAAGUACUACCACUACAUACACAUCGACGAUGGUCUGGGGGCAGAAAUGGCGAGGCGGAUCAUCAAGAAGCCAUAUCUAAUCAUUAAGGGCUCCUUGUCACCAUAUCUCUCCGACCGCAACAAAGAGGUUAUGUCGAUUUUGGCCAAGGAUAAUCCGCACUUUGAGUUCUACGAGGUGGAAAACGGCACCCAUCACCUGCAUCUGCACGCCGCCGAGGAAUGCGCCAGUUACAUUGUGCCAUUCAUCCAGCAUCACAGACCUCCUGCGCUGACCUCCUGGGCUGUGGCCGGAAAGGAUGACAGAUCGAGGAAACCAAAGGGAUUUCUCACAUGGACCAACAAAAAGCGCAGCAAGUUGUGAUAAUAAUACACUGUAUCAUUACUUGUAGAGGUUGUAAAGUUUGAGAACGUGAACACACGACAAGUAUUAAAUUUAAACUAUCAUAUUAAACAAUAUGUUUUUGGAUAA